AUGCCCAGCAUCUUCGCGUACCAGAGCUCCGAGGUAGACUGGUGUGAGACCAACUUCCAGCACUCGGAACUGGUGGCCGAGUUCUACAACACGUUCAGCAAUGUCUCCUUUCUCAUCCUGGGACCCCUCAUGACGUUCCUGAUGCACCCCUACGUCCAGAGGCGCUCCCGUGGCAGCUACGGCAGUUUGUUUCUCUUCACCAUCACAGGUCUGUUCUCCAUGUACUUCCACAUGACUCUCAGUUUCCUGGGGCAGCUGUUGGACGAGAUCGCCAUCCUGUGGCUGUUGGCCAGCUGUUACAGCAUCUGGCUGCCUCGCUGCUAUUUCCCAGUUUUCCUGGGGAACAACAGGUCCCACUUCUCCUGUCUGGUGGCCGUGAUGACCUUGAUUAGCACCCUCUUGUCCUUCCUGCGGCCCACGGUCAACGCCUACGCCCUCAACAGCAUUGCCAUCCACAUCCUCUACAUCGUUUACCAGGAGUACAAGAAGACCAGCAACAAGGAGCUGCGGCACCUGAUUGAGGUCUCUGUAAUCCUGUGGGCCAUCGCGCUGACCAGCUGGCUCAGCGACCGCUUCCUCUGCAACGUCUGGCAGUGGGUACAGUUCUUCUACCUGCAUAGUGUCUGGCACGUGAUCAUCAGCAUCACCUUCCCUUACGGCAUGGUCGCCAUGGCCCUGGUGGAUGCCAGCUACGAGAUGCCCGGCCAGACCCUCCGCGUGCGCUACUGGCCACGGGACUCUUGGCGCGUGGGGCUCCCUUAUGUAGAAAUCCAGGAAGACAACAAGAAGUGUUGACGCCUGCCUGGCGUACGAACUUGCUUGUGUCCCGAGGAGGGAGACCUGGUUCAGGUGUUGAACCUGAGGGACAUC